UUGUAGCGUGCGCCCGCGUCUUUACUUUCAUUUUCAUAAAUAAAGCCUUAAAACAUAACCUAUGUGGCUUGAAAACUGUGACUUAUGUAAUAACGUUUAAUGUGUCGAGGUUGGAAAUACAUAACUUUAAACAGUUUAUAUGUGUUUGUGUCAAGUGCUUAACUGACUUUUAUAUUGGUACCACAACUUGGCAGUCAGUCCAUGACAUCAUUCACAACAAUUUUACAAUGAGUUUACAUCUAAUCUCAACGAUUUGAUAACACCACUUAAGUUAAUCCGACCAUUUUGUUUAGUCUCGGUAAAUAAAACGAUUUACGUCACGCAAGCUUACUCAAGAGUCACAUCUAAACUGUCUACGUCACAAUGAUAUUUAAAAAGUGAAAAAAAGUGUGAAAGUGACAGAGAAAAAGUGAAAGACAGUGGCCAAAACAUUUUCGUUUAGAGACACAUCCUGUGGAAAGUGAAAAGUAUUAAGGUGAUUAUGGAUAAGUGAAACGAUAGCCUUUGCUGUUGAGAAUUCAUAAAGCCCCAUUAAUUUGAAAAGUGAAAGUAUUAUCUAAUGAAAAACUGAACGAAUUGACUGAAAUAAGUACCUACUUAUAAGAAUUUUAACUUAAAACUUUAAUGCAUUUGAAAAGUGUUCAAAUAAUUGAUGAAACACUACCCUUUGGACCUUUUAAAUAGAAUUGGCGGGUUCUAAUUAAUUUGAAAGGUGAAACAAUGACAGUGAAAAUGUGUAAAGUGAAAAACAGUGACUGACUCGGUCCCGUGCAAGCCCCGUGUGGAAGUUUUGAAAAGCACUGAAUAAUUUGAAAAGUGAAAGUGUGUGAAAGUGACAGACGAUGCCGGAUACUCUGUCCUUGUCGGCGGGAGUGAGUCUGGGACUCCUCGCCGGGAUCGUAUCUGGAGUGUGCUACCUUUUCGCCAACGGGCUGACACGACCUGGGGACGAGCGGGAGGAGUCCAGAAAGCGAUGCAUAGCGCCGAAGGAGAACAUAUGCAUUAGAUGCGGCGGAGACCAGCUGGGAGGUCCUGUGCCUUGCAUUUGUCUAGAACAAAGGCAGGUUAAGUUCGAGUCGGGCGCGUGGUUCCUGCGUCAGGCGCAACGAGCUCUCAGCCUUAUGCCGUGGACCUUCAGCACCGACCGACUGGAACAAAUUGAUGAGGAAGAAUGCGAAGGUCCCAGCUCCAGCGAGGGUCGGGGAGACCUGCACAACGUGAGGGAGUUCCUCGAAGCCAUAUCCGCGCGGCUGUCUGGCGGACCUCUGGAGGGGACGAGGGUUGCGCCGUUAUAUGACCACCCUGCUUAUGUGAGCAUGUUCGAGCGUCACCACGCGGCAAUACGCGACACGCUCGCCGCCCUAACCACUGCGCUUCGUGACGCGCUCAAACAUCUACCUCAACAUCACUCCGGGCCCAGUCACGGCCACGCGUUGGGCGCCAGCGGGGCCCACGCCCAACUCAAGCGCUUGGUCGCUAGAGUGGUGGAGGAGGCUGCGGCGCUGCCGGCGCUCGCGCGGUACGCUGCAGAGCCGCAGACACCUACCGAGGCAUCCACGUACGAGGACCUGCUGGCUACUGCUAUACUGAACAAGGUCAUCGAACGUUAUCAAACCGAAAAUGGAUCCGGCGGUCGCAGCAGUGGGAUUCAUUCGGCCAGCGCGAGCCCCUCCCCCUCGGACAGGUCCUCCCCGCGCUCCCUGCACUCUAGGGCCACCAGGGAUAUCACCCCUCCUCGUGAAGACGACGCGUCAGAUUGGGAGGAGGGCGACGCGACAGAGGGCGCCUUAGAGGUGCCUCGACGGGUGCCCUUCCCAGAGUUCGGAGGUGACAUUGUGCAUGCAACAGAUAAUGAUUAUCGCGAGUUCGACGAAGUUUCGGGCAGCGAUAUAACAGCGGUAGAUGGAUCAUGGGAGGAAAACUGGCUUUUUCAAAAGAAGAAGAUAAAGAACAUUCAAUCUGCCCCAGUUCCUAUGCUUGUGCCGAAUUCUAACACUCAAUACAGGGCUCUUAUUGGCGAUAGAGACGCCGAUGACACCACAGAUUUAUCCGAUAAUGGCAGCGAUGCGGAAGAUCAGGACAUCGAAUAUAAGAGUGACGUCAAAAAAGUCUUGGACUCCAAACAUGUCAUCGGAGGCAAACCUAAAGUAGAAGAAGUGUUAGACUUCGAACCAGACAGUCUGACGAUCAUCGACGAACCACAAAAUGCAGAAGAAGCUUACAAUGAAAGAAUUAUAAGCGAAGAUACUGUUGACUUUAAACCACCUGAUAUUAAUAUAGCUACGAAUAACAAUAGUGGAAUAAUAAUAAACGAAGAUCAUGAGAAUAAUCAUGAUUCAAUAUUAUUACUCGAUAUCGAUAGUGGGCCAAUAUCUAAAACAGAAUUUAACUUGAAAGAGGAAAUUCAUAGGACUAUGAUGAAUGGGCAUGCAAAUUAUUCUGAAGAUAACAACAUAAAUGGGAAUUUAAGCGAAGAAACUGAUGAUCCAAAACCUCUAGCUGCGUACAACAAAGGAACUACAAACACACUAGGCCGUUUCGAACGUGAGAAAGACUACGAGGAAACUGUAACAGUUCCGGUACAAAGGUACGCCGACAGCCUGCGCAGGAAACAUUUCGAAGAGCCUCAACAAUGUUCCACUCCAAAAACUGAGGAAAACGAAUUAAUACCAGGCUCGAUUGCGUACAGGGAGCGCAAAAAGUGGUUGAAUUAUGUCGAUAUGCCAAACAACCCGUAUUCGCCUGAAGCUAUUAAAAAGAGGUUAUCAGCAAAAAGCACUUCAUCUCUUUUCGACACAUUGACAACGAAUAAAGAUAGAGAUUGUGAUAAACUUUCAUCCAGCGAGGACGUUUCGAAACCACAAGUAGAGGAAUCUAGAAAUAAUUCAACGAAAGAAAUAGUGGGAAAGAGACAAUUAAAAACCAGUAUGAGUGUAGAUGAAGUUAUUAUAAACGAAAGAAGGUCUAUGAGUCCAUCUCCUAAGGUUUUGAGGAAUGUUUUAUCAGAGGAUCUUCCACAAUAUAAACGAUACGGCCGAGACUAUUAUAUCAAAGAGGCGAGGUCAUCUUCCGGCGAGCGCAAAUACAAAGGCAGUAUCAGCGGCGCAAGUUCCCUCUCUAGUUCAAUAAACAAAUCGACGAGUUUAGACAAUUUCGAGAGAGAGUUCGCCUCGCCUGGACUUCUGAUACAACAGUUCAAUACAAUAGCCACUAACCAGCAGUACACAUCAUUCGAGAAUAAAAACCAAGAACAAAUCUCAAUAACUACAAUGCCCAGUGAAUAUAACAACGAAAUCAUAAUUGACUACGAAGACGCCAACGAACAUACACUAUUCAUCAAACCCACUUAUACAGUUGACGAUACUGAUCAAAAAUUCGAAGAAAUAUUACAGACUGCUUAUACUAUCGAUAAAGCUUUGCAACCAGAUAAAAUAAAUGACGAAGCUGAGAAAUCGCCAACGAGUUUCGAAAAUUCGCUAAGUUCAAGCAGUGUAGAGGAUUCUAUAAAAAUAUACAAUGUGCAAACAGGUGAGAUUGUGAAAUGUACGCCAGAAGAUAAGAUAUCGAGGCGAUAUGCUGCUGACAAGAAUGACAAUAUCAAUAUACCUGAUAAGAAUUCGGUAGGAACUAUAGAUAGGCUAAGCGAAAGCGAAAACAGUGAUGUAACAGAACCAGUGGAAAUAGAUAGUUUUAAGAUAACUCCAGUUAAAAGUGAAAUUGAUGAUCUGCCGGCUGAACUGCCGAAUGUGAAGGAAUUGGCUAAGAAAUUUGUCAGCAUGGAGAGCCUUCAUGAACCAGUCAAGGUGCUACCACAACCCGUACUUAAACGUCACAAAAGCAAAGAAAACAUAUUCAGCUCAGACUACAAAGAGAAACCAGGGAACAAACUGCAAUACAUGCAUAGUCUCACAGCCAGAAGCAUUUCCAAGGAAUUUCGGGAGGAACUCAAGUUGUCUAUGCCAACCCAGCACCAACAUCCUGGAGGCUCCAAGGAUAUACCCGAGGGUGAGGAGGUGACGAGGGAAUCCAGCAGGCCUGGUAGUCCAGUUCCUGAACCGGGAACGAUAAAAUCGAAAUUGGCUUUUUUCGAAAGCUUGAAAUCGAAGUUUAGCAGUAAAUAAUUUGUAAUUUUUGGUCAUAAUCUAAUUGUCAUUGUCAUAUCAGUACACAUUGGUUUAGCAGGUGUAAAACCUAAGAACAGCGCUAAGAUGAGCAGCUGGUGUACAAAAUGGUAUAUUUAGGUAUGCCAUCGGCUUUAGAAGUCCUUCUCUGUAGAGGAUAUCUAACUGGAAUCUAUUAAAUUAUUACAAAUAACCAUAGACAAAAAUGUAUGGACCGUGGUCCGAUACCCCAAUAUGGUCCGGGGUCCAAUCACCCAAUGGCCUUAAAACCUAUGCCAUAUGAAAGCAUUUGGGGAACAAUUUAUUUCAUACAGGCAAGUCAAAUCGAGCGCGAAAAUGGUGUUUUGGUACAUUUUCUUGCUUUUAGUUAGUUUUACCUUAUAAUUUCUCAGUUUUGAAGAUGUACCGAAAUACAAUGUUCACGCUUGAUUUUAACUUGGCCGCACUAGUAUGAAGCAAAUUAUAUCCCAAAAGCUUUCAUAUGGCAUCAGUUUUAACAUUUUGAUUGGACCAAAAUAACUUGAAAUCCUAUUAUUAUUUUAUCGCAAAAUAAAGGUGUCGGUUUCGGUUUGGGUUUUAGAAAAUCAUCUUUUCUAUAAAGAAUUUUAAAAUAUAUUGUAACUCUUAAUUUGUGUGACUACAACUUAUUUACUAUUUCGUAAAUUAGUUACGUAGUUUAAAGAUCUAUAUUUUUUUUUAAUUCGAAAAUUCGACAAGUGACAAGAAAUCCAUGAGAUUUUUUAAAGAAAAUUGAUUGGGUAAAUUAAUGAGGAUAUUAUUCAAAAUUGAUUUAAAAAAAAUUGGAUUAGGUACUCAUUAGGUAUUGGUACCUAGGUACUAAGUAUGAUACUAUGCAAUCAUUUUAAAACUGUUUAUCAAAAAUCAAUCAAUUAUAUUUUAUUAUCGCAAAAAUUAAAUGCAUUUAAAUUAUAAUAAAUGACAAGAUAAAGGAAUAAUUAACAAAACCAUUUUCAUUAAGUGAUAAAAAAAUCUGAAAGUUUAAAGUUAUGUAGGUACCUAUUUAAUAAAUUUACAUAAAAUAAAAUUAGACUGAGCCUUCGCGGACUUUUUCAUAAAAGUGAUGCCAGUCGAUUUUGCAUCAAGCAAAGUUCAGUUGAAGUUAUAGUCUUUGUUUUUUAAAACAGGAGGAUUUAUUAAAUUAUAUAAAUUAAAAAAUAUAUUAUUAUAUUUUUACAAAUGGUCACAACACUAGUAUUUGAAUAGAAUUGUUAAAUACAUAAUCAUUAGGUUACUAUGUAAAUAUUUAGUGCCAUUGUAAUAAUCAUUUUAAAGCUAAAGCCAAAGUUGUAAAUAGAACAUUAUGAUAGCUAUAAGCUAUAAUAUAAUAGGUAUAUUAUCAUCUUAUUUCGAGGUUGUGCGUAUAAUCAUUAUUAUAAUUUACUUAAUGUUGUAGGUGGCACAUUAUAGCAUGUAACGCAAGCAACAUAUUUUUCAGAAUUGGAAAUGCUGAUAGUUUUUUUAUCUCUUAUUUUAAGCACUAAAGAAAUCAUUGCUUGUGGAUACCUAUUGCUGCAAUGUUAAAAAUAAUAAUAAAAAAUAAUCAAUCUUAUAGCUUUCAAGUUUUGAUGCGUACAAAAUUUUAAAGUACUUAAUUUAAAUUACUAAAAAAUUAUGCUGUCUUUUUAUAGGAUUUUUUUUAUGUUUGUGAAAAUGGAUGGCAAUAUUAUCAGUCUUGAAAAAGUUUUUCUAGAAUGUGAUAAUGGGCAUAUUAUUGUAUUGUAAUUAUAAAAUAUUACUAAAUAGAUAGGUGUAAGUAAUAAAUAAUUGGUGAUAAUA